AUGUCCAACUUGGAUCUGGACCAGCAGAAUGAUGCUGAAGAGUAUAUGAUAAGUUUAGUCGACCAGAUCCGCCGUCUAUUAAGCUUCCGUGAGUGGGCUGAGCUCGUUUCAUUGCGACAAAUAUGCAUCAGAAUAUGUCGGGAAUGUCAUGUUCGCAUCAAACGCCGGGAUCCUAAUUGGAUCUUGAAAGGAGAACUCUCACGCACCGGGCCCAAAUACCAAAAGCUUGACGAAAUCCUACACUUCCAGAAGCCAGACCAGGACAGAUGCGAUAAAUGCGACAAGAGAACGAAGCAAGAUGCGUAUUAUGCAUUUCUGAACCCUCCCCCUAUCCUCAUCGUUCAUGUACCAGCACUCGUACAAGAGGACAACGUAAACCUUCUAGAACAGAAGGUUGCAGGAUUAGAGCAACACUUGGUAUUCUCUUGCUAUCCGACGGAUAUUGUCAGCGAAGACGGUAAAGACUCCGUUCACUGGGCCUCUUAUCAGUUGUACGGCAUCAUUCUCCUUGGCGGAGAUGAUGUUACCUCGGGACAUUAUGUUUGCGCGUUUGAGCAGCGGCAACAGGGGCAUUGGUUAUGGUUUAACGACACUAUAAAUGCACCCGCUGAGGAACUAACCCGACGGGAGUUGGAGGCGAGAAUCAAGAAGGCGCAGGAAAAAGAGUACCGAAUCUUCAUGAUGAUGUAUCGGAAACUCUUUCAAAUGCCUAUGCUUCAAUCGCCAGGAGCAAUUUCGUCUACGGCACUUCAGUCUACAAGACGACCUCAGCAACCUCGGCAGCAGCCUCAGGAGCAGUCUCGGGAACAACCCCAGGAACAGCCAAAAGGCCCUGUAGGACAGGUGAGUUCAGACGACGAUAACAUGGAAACUCUUAGAGGGCAACCUGAUGACUGGGAUGAGUGGGCCAAGACGUCAGGAAGUGAGCAGUCCCAAAAGAUCACAUUCUCAAAACCCGAUCUGUCAGAGAGGAAGUCAGCUCCUACGGAGAAUGUUACACAGCAAUCCAACCCUACGCACCUUUCUACUCCAAUAGAUGUGAUUGAGGAUCUGGCAGUAUCAGCUCAUCCAGAGACAGGAGAUGCUACAACACAACCCAUUCCUGGACAGAGGGGCCUUGUUGAAGCAGCUCCAGGACCAUCAAUCUCUCCACCGGGUGUCAGACAGACAAGAAGUAAAACAAGAGCUGCUCGGGCGGCCUCACAAAAACCGGAAGAUGUACAAACGGAACCUGUGGCACCAACGGCCACGCAAACAAGAACAAAAGCCAAGACAACCACACAAUCGGAAGGUAAACAGACAAAGAGCAGAGCGAAGAAGCGCGCUCAGGAAGAAGCUCUAGCCGAAGGCGAAAUUCAAGACUCAGCUCCAACAACCAAGGGUUCUCGAGCCAAGCCAGGUACCAAGUCCAAGAGCAGAGCUAAGACAGCCUGUGAGAAUGAAGCUGUAGCUGAAGAUGAGGUCGAGGAGACGACAGCUUCAGUACCAAAGACCAAAAGGUCUCAAGCCAGGCUUAUGGGAGAAGCUGGUGAUACCAAGAUAAAGGGAAGAGCUAAGAGGGCCCGAGAAGAAGAAGCUCUAGCCGAUGACGAGCAAGAAGUUGACGAAGCACCAGUACCCAAAAAGGCCAGAACGAGGGCAAAGUCUGAAGCUGCUGGUGGCAAGAAACGGUCAACCAGAGCUACAAAGGAGAUUCAAAUCAAGGGAGAAGAACAGACGACAAACUCAGCACCGGCCGAAGCUGAAGCUGAGUCUUCUACGAAACCUGCCGGUAGACCGACGAGAAGGAGAACUCAGUGUAAGGAAUGACUAGAUGAGAUGGACUGGAGAAUGGAUCCAUGGAUG